AGAUUAGCCCGUUAGUCGUGUACCAUAAAACUGAAUAGCACGGUUGCCCGUCCACCAGUACGGUGAUAACGGCUUCGCAAUGGAUAAGAACAAACGGUUGGUGUUAUCGGUGGCAGUUAUUUUGGCCGUGUUCGGUUCAAUCAAGGCCGAAGUCACUCAAAAUGCCCGGAUCGUGAACUUGCAAAUCGCGCCUGAGCUAGCCGACUUUGAACCACGUGACUUUCCGAGUGGUAGGAUAACCGGUGGCAAUUUGGUUGGUCCCGAAGAUGUGCCGUACGCGGUUGGUAUCAUCAACCAGGUUCCAGCUGGUACGAGAUGGUGCGGAGGAUCGUUGAUCUCGGCAAACUAUGUCCUCACGGCGGCCAGUUGCUUUUCUUUGGACUCGAGCUCAGCUACGGUUUUGCUGGGUGCAUCUAAUAUGACCGAUGUGACGGAUCUGGUGCCGGCAACGACUCUGAUUAUUCACAUUGGACAUGAUCCAAUCGAAAAUCUGAAUGAUAUUGCUCUUCUACGAUUGGCUCGCCCUGUCAACUUUGGACCGUUCGUCCGCCCGGUUCGCCUGCCAAACUGGCGUCAGGUCUUUACCCCGUUCACCAACCAGCUGGGAACGAUUUCCGGCUGGGGUGCCCUUUGGCAAAACGCUCCCGAGAUCUUCCCCCUGAACGAUCUGCGGCGCGUUAAUGUGCUCGUUAUCUCCAACCCGACCUGCAUGCUGCGAUUCCCGGGCUCAAUCACUGAAAGUCAUCUCUGUGUGUCUACGGAUAUGGGCUCCCCUUGCCAGGGUGACCAGGGAGGACCGUUGACGGUUUCGGAUCCGGACGGAGGUACCACGCAGAUUGGAAUCUUCUCGUUCCUUUCCAUGCUUGGGUGCAAUUCCAACUGGCCUGCGGUGUUCACUAGGCUCACACCAUACCUUCAGUGGAUCGAAACUAACACCGAUGUUGUGAUUCGAGAUGAUUUCGAGUACUAAUUUUUAGCAAAUUAUGUAAUAAACGUAGCUGUUGUUCAUGUUUUUGGGUCCGAUGCUUGAUAUAAGAAUUA